AUGGCUCUAGCUCAUCCGGCUCUGUUUCCUCUGGCUCUGCUUCUUGCUCCCUUUCUACGGGGGCAGGGGGCGCCUCCACUGCCUCCCUCGCCCCAGUCCCACAAUCUACUUAAUCGAGCACACCACCGAUCCCGUGUCAUCCUCAGCAGCCGGCCCAGCUACCGUGACAACCUCUUCACCCACCGGCUAGGAGUUUGGAUCUACCCCCAGCUCCACCUCCGGUGGCCUGACUGGUAUCUGCAGCAACGAGUGCCAGUGCAACUUCAUUUCAGACAGAUAUCCUCCAACCCUAUGCACUUCCGCUAUUAUGGGCCGCGAGAUCUGCCUUCGGCUCGAUUCUAG